UCAGGCUCACACUGCGAUCACAACACAGGAUCGGCUGCCGACUUUUAUUUAUUUAUUUUUUAUGUUUAUUUUUUGCAACAGGCAUUUUGUCCUGUGUCGUUCUUCGAGGAUCUCGCUGUGAUCUCGGCGUAAAAGCAAUUGCUGUGUUUUUCUUGCCUGCAGCUCCGGCUCGGCUGAAGCCUGUGUGUCGGUCGCCGCGUGCCUGCCUGUGCGAUGGUGUGGUGUAACGCAGCCGCUCAGCAGCCCGGAUCUGCGAGACACAAAAGUGUUAUUCUGAGUUCUUUCAAAGCGUCCCGAGGACUUUUUAUAUGACAAUCUUUUUUCUUUUUCCUGAAACGCAGGAUUUUUCUUUCGGUGAUUUUUGUUCCUCCAUAAACCGCUCUGUAUGUGCGCGCGUGCGUGUGUGUGUGUGUGUGUGUGUAUAUAUAUACAUGUAUGUGUAAUCGCCCGCGUGCGAGCGUGUGUGUGUGUUUAUUUCUCGCCUCCCUCAGCCACGGGACAGUUUCAGCGCAGCGCCACAGACCGCGUCUUUCGCUCAAAACUUGUGUGAUGGUUUCGGUUGUAAAGCGGCGGCUUGUAGCGGCGGACAGAGUCCGGUAGAGGUUGGCGGAGAGUGCGGUGGGAAGCCGCACGCGCGACUCGAGGCGGGGUUAAAGUUCACCACGGAGCGCUGAGGCAGCGCCGCUCGCGCGCCUCGCCACAGUCGGAAAUGUGAAAGCAAGCAAGAAGCAGCCUUUAUUUUUUCCCCUCUCUCCCUUUUUUCUGUCUGUCUCUUCUUUUUUUCCCCUUUUUCACACACACACACGCACACACACUCAGGCGGACGCUGCAGUCACAAGUAAACGAACACACGCGCAUACGCACACACACACUCACAUCAACACGUACAUACAUAAACACGCCGAUUCGUUACAGUUAUCCAAACACACACACACACACGCACGCACACACACAUUCAUACACUUCACAAUUUCGACCACCAGAUAUGUAUUCUCCGCUAUGCCUAACACAGGAUGAAUUCCAUCCUUUCAUUGAAGCACUGCUGCCCCACGUGCGUGCGUUCGCCUACACUUGGUUUAACCUGCAGGCCCGCAAGCGAAAGUACUUCAAGAAGCACGAGAAGCGCAUGUCCAAGGAAGAGGAGCGUGCCGUGAAGGACGAGCUGCUGAGUGAGAAGCCUGAGGUCAAGCAGAAGUGGGCGUCGCGGCUGCUGGCCAAACUGCGCAAGGACAUCCGGCCCGAGUUCCGCGAGGAUUUUGUGCUCACUGUGACGGGGAAGAAGCCUCCGUGCUGUGUGCUCUCCAACCCCGACCAAAAAGGCAAGAUGAGGAGGAUCGACUGCCUGCGCCAGGCAGACAAAGUGUGGCGGUUGGACCUGGUCAUGGUGAUUUUAUUCAAAGGUAUUCCGCUCGAAAGUACUGAUGGCGAGAGGCUGGUUAAAUCACCACAGUGCUCGAACCCAGGCUUGUGCGUGCAGCCCCAUCACAUAGGAGUUUCAGUUAAGGAGCUGGACCUGUACUUGGCCUACUUUGUCCAUGCAGAAGCUGCACAGUCUGAAAGUCCAAACCAGCCCAGUGAAGGAGACGUUAAAGACCAGCCAGAAAAUGGACAUCUGGGCUUCCAGGACAGUUUCAUUACAUCAGGUGUCUUCACUGUCUCCGAACUUGUCCGAGUCUCACAGACCCCAAUUGCAGCAGGGACAGGACCCAACUUCUCACUGGCAGAUUUGGACAGCUCCUCUUACUACAGUAUGAGCCCAGGGGCUAUGAGACGGCCCCUACCCAGCACCUCUUCUAGCAGUUCUGCAAAGCGGAUUAAGUGCAUGGAGGAGGAGGUGGACAGUCCAGGUGAAGAGUCGUACUACCCUGGUCAGGGGCGAUCCCCAGGCAGCGGAAGCCAAGCCAGCAGCUGGCAUGAAGUAGAGCCAGCUGGAUAUAAACUGCGUGGCUCGCUAGCUAGUUCGUUCAUCUCAAGACAAGGAAUGCCAUCGCCCACCACAUUAAAGAAGUCAGAGAAGUCUGGUUUCAGCAGCCCCGUGCCUUCGCAGACCUCCUCCUCCCCCCGAACGGCAUUCACACACCAUCAUCGAGCAGUCAUUACAGGACCCAGAGCGAGUCCUCAUGCCACGCCGUCAAGUCUUCAUUUUCCGACGUCUCCCAUCAUCCAGCAGCCCGGCUCCUACUUCUCCCACCCUGCCAUCCGCUACCACCCGCAGGAGACACUCAAGGAGUUUGUCCAACUUGUCUGCCCUGACAGUGGUCAGCAAGCUGGACAGGUGGGCUUCCUGAACCCCAAUGGCAGCAGUCAAGGGAAGGUUCACAACCCGUUCUUGCCCACGCCCAUGUUGCCCCCACCGCCGCCUCCCCCCAUGGCGCGACCUGUGCCACUACCCGUGCCAGACUCCAAACCUCCCUCUACCACAGCCGAGGGAGGGGGCACCUCGCCCACCUCGCCAACCUACUCCACACCGAGCACGUCCCCUGCCCAGCGCUUUGUCAGUGUGGGCCCCAGAGACCCCAGCUUUGUAAAUAUCCCUCAGCAGCCUCAGUGGUACCUGGGCUAAGGACUCCAGAUUCAGACUGGCCCCUCCCGAGCUCAAAUGCCCCUCCCUGCCUCCCCUGAGUGUGACCUUCAAAUGUGCCCAUCGGUGUGACGCGCCAGGAUCUGCCCGCCGCCCUCAAUGCCCACAUACCCGCAGCAUGGCUACAGCAGAACCCACAACAAAUCCGAACAAAUCAACUCAACAAGCUUACAACAAACAUACUCAGUAUCUGUAUAUACCUUAUAUAUUCCUCCAGAUGUAUGGUUUCUACUCCUAUAUUCAUAUAUAGUAACUGUCCAGCUCUUUUCUCUUCGGGAGAUUAGGCUUGAAAUUGGAGAGAUCUGAUUUACUUGGAAACUUGCAUGAAUUUUUAUUUUUAAUUUUUUUGGUUUGACCAGAUAAGGAAAACAUAAUGUGACGCAAUCAAAGAGCUUCCUUCAGUCCAUGACAGUUCCCAAUCUCAUCGAGAGCCGAAUCUCUUUAUCACUAAUUCCUGAAUUUGUUACAGUUUCACGUAUUGGCUACGUGAUUUGAUCAUCCUGGACUGGCGCGCCCCGUGCUCCUCUCCCCCUGUGUUUGGCAGGAUCUGGCGGAUUUGGCGGUUUUCGGGUAGAACCCUAGUUCUGCUUGUGGACUUCUUAUAGAGGUUUUACUUGGAUCAGAUAUUCCACCAGCUAAAACCUCUUUCAACUCACUAGUCUGCUCUUACCAGAACUGUUCAUCCAUAUCUUCACCGCCGAGACCUUCAGCGCCAUGCCCACGGCCCAACAGACAUUAUGUGCCUGGAAAUGGCAACUAUGAGAAGAAAUUCCCCUGGUUUGUGUCUCGGGGCAGGAUGUGAGAAGAUGAUGAUGUUUGAUAUGAGCUCAGAAGGCUGUAAAAUGAAGAAUUAAUAUGGGAGAUUUUUUUAAAGAAAUUGUCUCCCAUCUUGGAGAUGCGUUCAUAGUUUGUUUUUGUGUUUUUGAGUCAUUUCAGUUGUUUCUAAUGCACCCCAUGUAAAAGUCUGCUUUUAAAGAGAUCGGGCAGAUAGAAAGGCUGAGCUUCCAUUCAUUAGCAAGACAUAAGGCGACCAUAAUUGGAGGUAAAUGGAAUUUUGAAUUGAGGAAAGUGCAAUUUUGUUGGUAAGCUGUCAGAUUGUUAAAUAUCUUUUGAUAGAUAAAUCACUGCAGCAAUUGUUGAAAAGUAUAUAUCUAUAUAUAUUUUUCUUCUUAGUCCAUUCACACCUCUGGGACUCUAAAAUAUUGGGGUACAAAAAUAGAACAAAUAGCCUAGUGAGAAAUAAAGGGAGCUGUACGUGCUUAUUAUUAUUAUUUUUUAUAUUUGUUUAUCUUUGUAAAUUUGUUCGUAUUGUAGAACAAAUAUCCCUUUAAGGAAUUUUAAACAAUCAAUUUUAAACAUUUCGACAACUUCAUCCAUGCAUCGACAUUAGACUUCAGUGCAAGUUUGUUUCCAAAAAGUGAAUUAACUUAUUUUCAUGAAGAACAUAAUGUAGUAGCGGUAGGUAUUCUUAAUUUCUCAUCAGACAAAAUACAUUUGAUGUUACAUAAGAAAAAUAUGAUCAUAUCAACAGCUUCAGAAAUGGUUGGUUAUGAGCGCUCUUAGAAUACGAACACUAAUAUGUGGUCAGUUUAUAUAUAUAUAUAUAUAUAUAUAUAUAUAUAUAUAUAAUUUUUGGGGGGGUUGUUCUAUAUGGACAAAUCCCAGCACUCUUACUCUUUAACCCUUUCUACAUUUAGUAUGGUCCUUAUUCUUCUUUAGCUGAAAGCUCUUGUGCCUGUUCUGUGACUACAGACUGGUAGUUGAUCCCAGAGGGGUGACGCAACAAAAAUAUUCUGUAACCUUUAUGAAAGUGUUAAACAAAAUAAGAAAGAAAAAAAUACAAAUGUGAAGAUCAGACAAAACAUGAAUGCAAUCACACAGCGAAGCCUUUCUUAAUUAAUUUGCUUCGCAUGUGAUUUAACUGUUAUUCUUUAUUUGACUUUGGAUUUUUGUUUUCUAUAGUGCAUAUAUAAUAAAUACACUUACACCUGACUCAUCCACUGUUGAUCAAAUCUUAGAAGAGUAAGAAAAAAAAACUGCAUGUUCUAGUGUUAGUGACAAAUUUUUAGAUUAUGUAGUAAAAGUAGUGUGACUAAAGACACAUUAUUGUAAUCCCAACUCCAGGCACUUGCCAAAUUGAGUAUUUUGUUUGGCCCCUUAAACGUAGGGUAUUUUUACUGCUGUCCUCACAAUCAACCAGCUAACACAUCUUCUUAUCCUUCUCCUUAGCUUCUCAUCUUUUCUCUAUUUUGUCCCUGCCUCCCUUGUCUUUUUUGAAACAGUCAUUCUGCUUUAUUUACUUGUGAGAGCAACUCACUUUCUCCUCUCAGAUAAAAAAAAAAAACUAUUGCUCCUCAUCAAUGUGCCUUGAGUGAUGGUCUAGUUCUGAGUUGAUUCACAAGUUGCAGCUCUUUUUACGUUUCUGAUCUUUAUACCUUGCUGCUCCUGUGCAGGGAACGAGCGAGUGAAGCAGAUAGCAGGAAUGUGUGCUAAUAAUACAGUAAGAGGAGCAAUGUGUGAGCCCAGGCCUUGUGAUACAAUAUCUUGUAGAAGACUCAGUGUUAAUCAUGCGCAGGCCCUCAUUAGUUCUGUAGUCGAUAGGAAAUUAAACAUUUAUUAGUGUAGCUGUUAUAGUUCUGACACCCAGGCCCUUUUUAGCUAGUGUAUUGAUAUUUAUGAAUGUUACUGCAAUUAUUUCUAAAUGGAAACAACCUUGUUUUUAGUCUUCCUGUUUUUGUUCCCAGAACAGUAAAAUAAGGAAAAAAUAUAUAUAGGGAAUUAAUAUGCAAUACAUGCUUGCACUCAUUUAGAUGUCAUUGUUUUAUUUUUUUCCUCUUUUUUUUUUUUUUACCAAAGUUAGUGUUGCACUUGACUGGCUGGUUGACAAAUUGGGUAUUUUACUUUCUUUGUGCAUAAAAUUUAUGUCCAUUCACAUAUUAGGCUUCCUCUUUCUUAUCCUUUUGGUCACAAGCAAGCCUUAAAACAAGGAAACUUCCUCUCCAAUGUUGCAACACUCGACAUUUAAGCAUUUAAAAAAUUACAAAAUGGCCAUUUUAUGUAAAUGUUGAUCUUCCAUAUUAAUCUUUUUUUCUUGUCUAUUCCAUAUAUAUCAUUUAAGAAAAAAAAAAAUAUCAAGGAAAUUUUCCAAGUGUCUGAAAUGGCGUUUUAUCGGUUACACUCGUGUGUGUGGUUUGUGUGCUUUUUUUUUUUUUUCCUAUUAUUUUUUAUUUGUGUGUCAGGGUUUUUUAUUUUUAUUUUUUUUAUUGUUCUUGCCUACCCUUUAUUAAUGAGUUGGGCAUUAUUUCCUUAAUUAUCUGCACUAAAUAUGAAAGAAGUUUAGCGGAUUUACAAGUAAAUAAAUAAAUACAUACAUACAUACAUAAAUACCAGGGCUCAAAAAAGCAAAGGGAAAAAAUAUUGCACAGAUUUUUUUUUCUUUCUUUUUUCUCACAGAACCUUAGUUUAGUUUAAAGCAGCCAAGCAUCUAAUCAGCAGGAUAUCUGGCUGUGUGUGUAAGAUAAUGACAAAAUUGCACCCUUUUUAAAGAAAUAUAAAAAAGAGAGAAAAAGAAUAUAAAAGCAAUAGCUUGGGCAGUCUGUUUUGUUUUUGUGUUGUGUGUAUAGAUUUAGUUCAUUUUUUGUGUGUGUUUAUUUUUUAUUUUUUUGGAGGGGGGUUACAAACAGUUUUGGGGAGAAGAAGAACAAAUCUAAUUGAAAUUGAGAAGAGAGCUAGGACUAGGACACAGCUGAGUAUGGGAGAUCUGUUGUUUGUAUAUUGUAUAGUUUUAUUAAUUACACUGAUUUUAAAGCUGCCCUAUUUUAUAAUGCAGGACUUUUGUAACAUUGAUUAAAUGAGGAAAAACUAGUGUUGUGAAUUUUUGCAUCGUUUGUAAUAAGGCCACAUUAAUAGAUCUGUUUCUGUUUGUUUGUUUAUUCUCUGGGGAACUGGAUUUAAGUUGAAAACUUUCCUGUUUCCUGAUUUAUCCUUGUUAUUUUUUGUCCUUUUUUUUGCUUUCCUUUUUUUGUAUGUAUUUAAAGACAUUUUUCUUUACUUUUUCCUUCUUUUGAUGGUAUAGAGUAUUUCCUAUACUUAAAAAGUAUAAGGUAUUGAGGUGAAAGCCCCAUUGUAAAUGGAUGUUACAAGUAUGCUUGCUGUAUCUUUUGAAGGUUCUUUGUUGCAUCAGUGUUGAUGAAGCUAAAUUUAGGUAAUUCUGAGGAUGUUGGUAAGAAACAAGAGCGUUUUUUGGCAUUUUAAAUCUAGUUUUAGGCAGAAGACAAUGACAUAGACAGCCAAAGGAUGCCCCUAUUAUAAAUGCAUCUAGGCAUCUUUUUGUGUUCACCAUUCCAUGCAGGAAAAUAAACAGCUUGAUAUGCAACAUGA